UUUAACUACACAAACGUUCUGCUCAUGAUGUUCGUUUUUCUAAUGACGUCAUAACAGCAGGCUGUCAUACUGCGCCACCAAAAAGCUACAGUAACAGUACGAAGUUGUUAGUACCAACGUGAGAACGGAGUGCUGACAACGCUGUUGUAGAAAGACUGUCGAAGACUCGUAGGACUUUGACAUAACAAUGGUACAUGACGCUAAUCGGGAGAGUGGUUCGCGUUAGCAGCAUCGUAAGGUGCGGCUUCGCUAACAAAGCGGAGAAUGAUUCGCUUCAGUAUUAUAUUUCUGUUGCUGUGCAUGUGUAUGAUUUUGUCAGUGGAAUGUCAAGCCUGGAAUUCGAAACUAAACAGACAGGGAUUCAGAGGUUACUAUGGUGAUCGAGGAUUUGAAGAGACAACACAGACACCAAAAAGAAAUAACAACCAUAAUAAUAAUAAUAAUGUUGCUGCAAAACCAAAAAUGAGAGCAGGUGUUGGACUUGGUGCAUGGGGCAUUAUUGCUAUUGUGCUGGCAAUAAUAUUUGCUGCAGUGGGACUGUACUACGUCAUCCUCUUUUACCCAAUUUUGUGCAAGGAAGAAAGGAAAUACAAUGUCAUAGAAUUAGAUGCUGUCUGAUUGCAUUCCUACAAGAGGACAUUACAUUUUAUUUCAUUGGACCAACCUCCUUUUUUAUAAGCAUGAUUAGUCAAGUUGUGUUUUUUUACAAAUGAAUGAUUACGAAGGUAAUUGUUUUUUAGCAUGUAAGUACAGAAGUCGAACAUCCUUUUUCGUGGAUGAUAGACUUUGUCUUAUACCUGAUGUAGUGCUAAUAGAUUUUGAUAGGUGGUUGAUCAAAUCAAGCCUUGAAAAUUGAAACUGAAAGAAUUAGCAAUUCAAGAAGAGAGAACUAUUUUUACCAUAUUAAGAGCUAUUGUUUGUUGACAACAAUAGCUCAAUCUCCGUCUAACAUUUUGUGUUGUGAUUGUAGUCUUCUUAAAAUUUGGCAUACAAAAUGUACCAUAGUCCUACAAGUAAGCUGCUACAAUGCUUUGUUUGUAGGUGAGGAAGACUAUAGUGACUGAUAAUUUUCAUUUUUGAAACAAUAUUGUACCCAGUCUGCAAUUUGCACAAUGUAGCUUUUUUCUGUAUGUGCAAGAUAAACUGUGUGACGUAAAAAAAAGUACAAUGGAGAUUGUUUCCACAUAAGUUAUUUUGUACCAAAGCCGUGAGAUUCCAAGACAGAGAUUGAUAAAUACUUAAAAUUUUUUAGUCUUUUGGCAGUUACAGGAGAUGGGGUAUCUGAUAAAUAAAUAUUGGUAGCUGUUUUCUUUUUUGUGUACUGAAUGUUUGUACACACUAUUAUUAGCAUUGCAGAUACCUUCACUCCUUGCUGAAUUUCUUGAAGUUAUUUAUUUUUCUAAUAUUUUAUACAAUUCAUGUACUUAAUUAUUUUGUAUUAUCUACAGUUUUAUAAUGUUCAAAAGAGCAUCACAAUAACUGAAGGAGCAGAGUUUUUAUAAUGUUUUUCAUUAUAAACUUACAGAAAUUUUUCUACUCCUUUUAGUAUAUAAUCAUCCUAGCCAGAGCCCCAAGUAACUGGUAAAUGUGUACUGAUACUUAUAGGUUUUUGAUGACAUUUACUUGUAGUUGUUCUAGGAAAGAUCUGUACUUGAAAUUUUUAAGUCAUGUUUUCUAGAUAUGUAGGAUAACCUUUGUGCAGAAUGUACUUUUUGUUCUGCAGUUGGAAAGGGGAUAUUGUAUGUAUCAGAACUUUUAUGGCAGACUGCUAAUAUGUAAAAAAAAAAAAAAAAAAGUCCUCCAUCAGUCAAUUUUUUGUCCUCUCAUUGUUUGUUUCUCCUUGUGGAUUGAAGCUAUAUUUUUCAUCUUUUUCAUUUGCAUGGUUUGUCUGGAUUCUAAUUUUAUGAGUUGCUGAAGUUUAGGUAGGUAUUUUAUGUAAGUUAACACUAGUUCGGAGAACUCCGAAUAGUUUCCUAAAAAGUGGUUAGUAGUUUCAGUUCAAUUUAGUGAUGCACAGCUACAACUGUGUUACAGUUUAUUUUUUUAAACAGCUGGAUGUGAUCUCUGUUAAAGCCAAAAAUAAUUUUGAAACCAUUCAUUUUGCUGUACAUUGAAGGGGUUAAAAUGAUUAUGGUAUGUUGUAGUAGUAUUGAAAUAUAUUUAUACAUUAGCCACUAAACUAAAGUUGAAAAUUGAUAGGUCCUUUAUGUAAAUUAUGAGGCAACAAACACAGCAAUGCACUUUCAGCCAAAGUAAUACCCUGUUGGAUAUUUUUUUCCCAGGGUACACACAAUAUUUCAGAGUAUGAAAAACAGCCACUGAGAGAUAGAUGUAUAGUCAUAGUAUUUAAAUAGAUAGAUGAAGAUUUAUCUCUGCUCAGAACUAAGGUUGAAGUGAAGGCACUGUAAGACUAAGAAGUUGUACACAGCACAUACAACAGGCAUUGUGAACCAUGGAAAACUGUAAACAGUAAAAGAUACACAAUGGAGUAAUUAUUGGGUGAAAAUUAAGAAGAGAAGAGAGGAUAAUGAUGUUUGCCACGCAAGUUGAAGUAAAAGACAGUUGGAAAUUUUGUUGUUGCCUCUUGCAGCCAUAGUUCAUUCUUGUGUGUCGUAAAAUUAAGAAAAUGACUAUACAUUUGCCCAAUACACUUUAUUGCCACUAAAGACACUAACCUCUGUUUCACCACUAAAUGUAUCUUAACACUUACCCCACCAACAGAUACUCCUCAGCCCUGGAAGAUGUUUUAAUCUGUCCAAUACUAAUGUCAUUGUCUUUUGACAUGCCCUUUUGUAAGUAACAUCUUUUCUUCCCUGCUGUGGAUCAUUUAUAAUGUAGUAUUUCUUUCUUCCAAGUCCUACAUUAUAUGGAGAUGUUUGUUUCUAGAACUGUUAUAUCUGCUU